UGCGCGUACGUAAACGACGUUUGUUUAACGUUAAACGAUCAUAUCUAUUAUCAUUUAUUAAUGCCUAUGUUUUAUAUAUUACUAGCAACAGGAAAUUUGCAGUUAUAGUAUUGGAUGAUUAAUAAGGAUCUUUGUUUUUGCUGUUCAAUUGCUGUUGAAUCAUGUUGUGUCCAGAGGUUUGGAACUUUGGAGCUCCACAAUAUAGUUUCUUUCAUAUUUUGAAUUUAAACAAUAAUACAAAUUCAAUAAAAAAGAAUAUAAAAAAUCGUCCGAUGUCUACCAUUAAAACACACUGCUUCAUUCAUUCGGUAUCUUUCGUGCUUCCUAAUAUAUGUAGUAUUCCUGAAGGUUUUUGCGAAAGCAUUUUAGAAGAUAGUGAUUACUAUAGAAUUAAUGGUCUACGUGCUGUUGAGUUAAUUAACAGAACAUUUAUCAAUUCAUUUAUCAAACAAGGAACAUUUUCUUUGUUGACUGUUGAUAAAAGAUUAGAUAUUGACAACUUGAUUGCAAUAACGCCAGAUGGUCAUUUAUGGCUUAAUUUGAGGCGCAGCUGCUACCAGAAACUUGGUAUAGAGGGAAAGCCGACUCGUUUUGAACGUAAAGAACACUCACGUUAUGUCGUGAAAAUCAAUUUGAAAGCUUCAAAAUUAACCCCUGGCAACAAAUACUAUGAAAGGAUUUAUACCAAUCUGGAUAAGAUGCUUGAUCUUACAUUCGAUGUAAUAAUAUCAUGGGAUCCAUUAGCAGAAAGAAUUUGCCCGUCCUCAGUAGCAGCCUGGUUUGAUAAACGUGGCUUUCCUGUUAACAUUUGUCAUCAGCAAGUAAUUAGAAGAUGUGAAUACUCCCUUGAAAUUCCAGCACUAGUACAGAAUAAUUAUAAAGAAUUUUUCGAAUGGCUAGGAGUUUUUUGUAUUGAUGGAAAUUUAAUCAAUGAGAACAAAAACAUGGAAGCUCAGUAUGUCAGUUCAUAUGAAUGCCCUAAACCAAGAAUACAAGUUGGACAAAUUCAGUACUUACAAUUUACGGGAUUUUUUACACAAAAAAAAAUCUUAAAGAUUUAUAAUGCAUGGAAAAAAUAUGCAUUAUUAAAUAAUACAAUUUUGCCGUGGUGUACUAUAGAUAUACAAGGAUUUGUUGACAGUCCCAUAAAACUAAAUAAUCAAAUGGAACAUAGCUUUUAUACAAACGGAGAUCAUAGCUGUACAAUUGCAAUGUGUCCAAGUAAUAAUGGCUAUAUUUUACGUCAAAGUUUAAACUCAAGAAGGAUGCCAAAAAUUAAACAAUAAUACUUUAUUUAUCUACAGUUUUGUAUUUUAUGUGUACAUAAAUAUGUA